GGCAAAGCAUUUUUUACCCCAUGGAAAGCACUUUUAAGACUGUCAAUCCUGGAAGAAGUAUUCAUUGCAGCAUAUGUAUUUCAUAACUUUACUUUUUUAUCAGUCUACUUUGGGUUAACAUAUACAUAAGAAUAUCUGGUUUUAGGACACAAUCACAGAACUUGGAAUCUACUAAAACGUCACAAAGAAAGUAUUCUCCAUAGUCAACACACUAGCAGAUCUUCAUCAGCUCUGUGCAAGCCAGAUACACUGUUCUGUGAGAAAAUGAAGACUUUGCAGCCUGCUUUUUUUCUGUUUGUGUUUGUACCUUUGGUGAAGUCAGCACCACCUAUACAGCAAGAACCAUUCAAGUUUUAUGACUAUGAUACAGAUGUUACCAUGGGAAGCCUGAUCCACCAAGAUUAUGAAAUACAGUCCAAGGAUAUAAAAAAGGAUGCAACAAACGUUUCUCUUGACACUGCCCUAAGACUGCAAGGGGAUGACAGCGAACGCAGUGUAAAACCAACAAAGGAUACAAAUUUACCUACUUGUCUGCUCUGUGUGUGUUUAAGUGGAUCAGUGUACUGCGAGGAAAUAGAUAUUGAAGCUGUACCCCCACUGCCAAAGGAAACAGCGUACCUAUACGCACGAUUUAAUAAAAUAAAAAGGAUAGCAGUCUCAGAUUUUGCUGACAUUACUACUUUGAGAAGAAUUGAUUUUAGUGGAAAUAGGAUAGAAGAAAUUGAAGACGGAGCCUUUGCAAAGCUUCUGUUAUUGGAAGAACUUUCUCUUGCUGAAAAUCGGCUUGUAAAACUUCCUGUUCUACCUCCCAAACUAACAACAUUUAAUGCAAACCAAAACAGAAUCAAGAGCAGAGGAAUCAAAGCAAAUGCUUUCAAAAAGCUGACAAAUUUGGCCUACCUCUACUUGGGACAUAAUGCACUGGAGUCUGUUCCCCUGAACUUACCAGAGAGUCUGCGUAUUCUUCACCUUCAGUACAACAACAUUACUACAAUCACUGACGACACAUUCUGCAAGUCGAACAACACACGUUACAUCCGCACGCGUAUGGAUGAGAUACGGAUGGAAGGCAAUCCGAUCCUCCUGGCAAAGCACGUUAAUGCUUUUUCCUGCUUGAGAACAUUGCCUGUAGGGACAUACUACUAGUCACUACUUACAUAAUUAUACAUGCCAAAAUUCAAGCAUGGUAACAGAAGAUCAUUCUUAUUCCUGUUUAUAUCCUCUCUUUUGCUAAUGCAGUUUUCCCUGCAUACCCUGAACUUUUUCCUGUGUUGAAAUUGAGUUCUCCUCUAAAAUAACUAUUUCAAAACAUCCACUUAAUUUAGGAGUUACAAUGCCACCCAUGCUUUCAGAUUUUGUUGAUGAAAGCAUAAAAAUGUGUGUACAUAUGCAUAUGGUUUCAACUUCUAAUUCACUACUUAUUCUUUACAUGUAGGGAAAAUCAUGAAACUGCUUUUUCACAUUCUUUAUCAAUUUCCAGGACAAUCACCACAUUUUGCUUUCAGAUAAACACAAACAUUCUUCAAGCAAGCUACAGAGGAAAAAUAAAUUUUAAUUCCAAUCAUACUCGCUUUGAUCUGAAAUUAAGCUUUUUCAGCUGACCUUCAAAAGUGCAUGGAAUGAAGUUGCAUAUGAAAGAAAGUUAUGUUUAGACACAGAACUUAACAAUGUUUAACUUUAUUAAAACUUCCUUGAAAACUUCAUUAGUGGAAAAUGAGAAAAAUUCUUAUCUAGGCUUAGUGUACCUAGCAACAAGGCAAGCAGAACAUUCAAAUGUGUCAAAUGUUCCUUUAGUAUUUUUCUUUAAAAAAUAAUCUAAAUACAGUUAUAGAUAUAUAUUACAAUUGAAUGUAUACGUAUAUACGCAUUCAAUUGUAUAUACUACAUAUAAAUAUUUUUACACAUUUUUGAUGGAAAUAUAAUAUAUAUACACACACACAUCUUGUUCAGCUGUGGUCAUAUGAGUCAACUUUAUCUUCCCAUUUAAAUACAAUGCUCAGCAUACAGCAUGGUAUGACAGAGUACCUUUGUUAUUAAGGCAUGAUAUAAACUGAGCCUUGUUCACCGCUUUUUCUUGACAGGAAAUGUGACAUAUAAUUAACAGCAAAGCUGAAUUAAUGCUUUUUACCUCUAAACGAGCAAGAUUUCAACUAGCAGUCAGUACAAAGAAACAGAAAUACCUUUGUACAGAAACACAUUCACUCAUUAGACAAAAAUCACAUUAAAUCUUCAAAAAGAAAAGCUGAUUCUAUCACUGAUCUAAAAAUAGUGCUAACCCUGAGCAAAUGAAACUAGCAUCAUUUCACUCAAGAACUUUAUAACAAUCUAUUGAAAAGAGAAAACUACGUGUGCAGACCUCAAUCCAUUUACUAAAACUGGACAUAAUGUCUUUCAGAACACAGGGUUUCUAAUUACACAAAAAUACAUUUCUUCUAACUUGGUUUCUUCCCUCAAAUACCUACCACAGGCUUAAACUCUUCAAAUAAACAAAUGCCAAACAAGUGCUAGUAUUAUUACCGGAUCAACUUCAUACUAACUUUGAAGCUAGUGUAGAUAUCUAAUUCGUAGAACUAGUUAAGCACCAAAUGCAUGAUGUAUUAAUACCACCUAGAAUACUGAUUUUUUUAAGGUAUUUUGUAUUAAUUAUGUCUAUCUUAUUUAGCUAAGCCUUGAUUUGUUAGCGCUUGUGCUCUGGGGAAUUAUUAAUAAAUUCAAACUUAAUUUUGAACAUACUGAUGCUCUGUCACUAAGAGUGUUGAGAUCUACGAAACUGUAAGUCACUUUUUAAGGUUAAGUGACUAUGUCAGGAAUCAGCUGUGGGUUCAUCAUUCUGAAAAGAGUAUACAAAUAUGAAAAGCAAGACAAGUAUAUUUUUGCCCUGAACCCAUUACUCAAAAAAGGCAUAGCAAUCCCCAAUUUUCCAGUUUAGAUUAUUUUAACAACAAAUUCCAUUGUCUUACUGCAUCUGAGAACAAGAAGUCCUACAGCAAGAAAAACAUUUGAUUUUCAUUUUUCCCAUCUAAAUCAUACAAUUUUGAUAUUUCCAGGUGUUCAGCAAAAAGAUAAACAGCCCCAAAGCAUAUCAAAAUACAUUCCAUUUUCAAUCCAAAUUUAGACCAGGAAAAAAAUAAAAGCCAGCAAUUCUCUCAUCCCCAUUUGAUAAGAUGAAGUAAACACAAGUUAGAAGCCUAAGUAGUGCCUCUGAUCUUAUUCUCAUUACAAGUCAUUACUACUAAAUAAAGCUCUUUGUAAUAUUAAUGGAGUCAAUACAUUUCAAAAUUAUUCCUAUUAUUUCCCUGUGAAAACAAGCAUGUGCAUACAUAUGCAUAAACACGUGUAUGCACAUUUAUGUAAUUCAUGCACACACAAAUGCUAAGAUCUUACUACUACCACAUCAUUAAUUUUACAUUAGGUUGUUGUAUAUAUUUUUGAAAAGGUACUAGACAUCAACAAGAAUUCUAAUUUAAUGCUCUUAAUAUUUCGUGAGCACACCACAAGUAGACAACUGGUAUCUUCUGAAAGCCCCACACAGACAAUAAAUUAUCUGAUAUAUUUUAAUUUACUUUUCCCCAUUCACAGCACGAGAAAACAUCAAAAGUUUUAAGUUAGAAGGGCUAUACUAUGCAAGAUUUUUUGCCUUCUCUUUUUGUGACCUGUAUUAAUAUCAAGCUGAAUGUACACUGUUUUUUCCCCAUCACUUAUUUCUAGUCUGUAUUUCCAAUAAAACUUGAAUUUUUUUUCUUGUUUAUCA